AUGGAAUCUGGAAACACCCUCGAACAAACUCCCGUUGGAGAGCCCUCGGCGUCUCCGCCAGCUCCCAUGGAGACUCCUGUCACAAGCGCCGAGCCGGAAGAACAGCUGGUCUCGCCUGCAAGUGCAACUGAAGGAGGUCGAAAACUAUCAGCUACCACUAUUUAUGUUGGAGGCAUCCACCACUCGAUCACAGAAACAGCGCUUAAGGGGCUGUUUUCGUCUUACGGCUCGUUUGUCCGUAGCAUCAAGCUUUUGGCAGAUAAGAACAGAUCUGGGUUCAAUUACUCGUUCAUAGAGUUCGAGUCGCAUUCGGCAGCACAAACCGCUUUUUCUUCGUUGAAUGGCGCGGUUCUGGAAGGAUACCCGCUCACAAUUUCCUGGGCAUUCAGAACGCAGCAGUCCAAGACCACCAGCUCGUACAACCUUUUUGUUGGCGACCUGUCGCCAGAAGUGGAUGACGAAUCUCUUUCGUCUGCGUUUGGCCAUUUCCAAUCGCUCAUUCAGGCCAGUGUCAUGUGGGACAUGAAGAGCGGCUACUCCCGCGGAUACGGCUUUGUUUCCUUUGCAAACCUCGACGACGCCACAAAGUGUCUGGAGACCAUGUCGGGGGCGCCGAUCUGUGGACGCCCGGUCAGACUGAACUGGGCAACGCGCAACGUGCCCCGCCACGAGAAAAAUUUACAGCUCCCAAAACACUCUCUCCCCGUCAGCCCUACUUUCCUUCCCCAGACCUGGAACACUACGAUAUACCUGGGCAACCUACCGCGCUCCGUGAGCCAGAACGAUCUUAUCUUGCUUCUCCAGAACUUUGGGUAUAUCGUUGACUUCCAGCACCUUUCUGAAAAAUCCUGCGCUUUCGUCAAGUAUGACUCCCAUGCGCACGCGGCCAGUGCUUUAAUGCAAUUGGCCAAUAUGGCGAUCCAGGGCCGGCCAUUGAAGUGUGGCUGGGGAAAGCAGAAAGUCGUUUACAGAAGACACUAA